UAUUGAUUAGGGUUCCUUGGUAAGUGUUCUUGAGACAUUAAUAUUGCUCUUUCGAAACUUCUCUAUACUUGUGACUUAAGGCUCUUCAACAAAAACAAGCACCUUUAAAGUCACCCUAAAAUUCGGCUUAUCUUUCGGGGGCAGCCCCCUUCACAGGAAGCAUAUAAUCACUCCUUAUUAACUCCUCAGCUCUUCUUCAUUUGUAACCAAGCCACCACAUCUGUAUUAUAUACAUGCUUUGAAUUCACUCAAUUCAAGUUCACUGAAGGAUCAUUUCUUUGGCUUAUGAAUCAUAGCUCCAACUAAUCCUAGAAUUAAUAAUAAAGAGAGAUCAUAAGUUAUGGAUCACGAGAGAAGUCAUGACGAUGGUGAUAAGCUUGAUGAGGUGAUGCUUCCAGGGUUUAGGUUUCAUCCAACAGACGAAGAGCUCGUAGGGUUUUACCUAAAGAGGAAGAUCCAACAACGACCUCUGUCGAUUGAGCUUAUCAAGCAACUUGACAUCUAUAAAUUUGAUCCAUGGGAUCUUCCAAAAAUGGCGAGCACAGGGGAGAAAGAGUGGUACUUCUAUUGUCCAAGGGACCGGAAGUAUAGAAACAGUGCAAGGCCUAAUCGCGUAACUGGAGCUGGUUUCUGGAAAGCCACAGGAACUGACCGACCUAUUUACUCCUCCGAGGGUACUUCUAAAUGCAUUGGCUUGAAGAAAUCCCUUGUUUUCUACAAAGGUCGAGCUGCCAAAGGCAUCAAAACGGACUGGAUGAUGCAUGAGUUUCGACUACCCUCACUCGGUGACUCGGUUCCUCCUAAGCGCUACAUCGACAAGAACAGCAUUCCUGCUAAUGAUGCAUGGGCAAUAUGCAGGAUAUUCAAGAAAGCCAACUCCAAUGCUCAACGAGCUCUUUCCAAUUCUUGGGUAUCUCCAGAUUUGCGGCCUGCUCACACCACCACUCUUACAUCUCAAAAUUUACUCCCACAUUAUCAAACCAGUACCACUACUACACCAACAUGCAACAACAAUUUACACCACUCCUCGUCCAUCACUAACCCUACUCCUAACUUCGAUCUUUCGCUCUACAAAGCCUACAACCAAAUGGCUUCUGGCGGAGGCUACGCGUUCUUCGGACAAGAAACAUGCAAUAUUGAUACUUCUUCUUUGCUCUUUAACAUGUCAUCGACAAUGUUCGGAGAUUUUGAGAAGGUCCCGGAGUGUGUAGACUAUAAAGGGAUUGAGGAACAGUAUGCAAGCACUUGUUUUCCUCCAAGUUUACAGCAAGUUGAGCAGAAUGUUGGGCAUGGGGGAGAGAACUUGAUGGCCUUGCUAAAGGAAAGUUGCCCUAGUGUAAUUCCUUUGGAUGAUGAGUUAGGAGUGAAUAUUAGAGCUUCUAUGGGGCUGCCCUACAUUUUUCCGUUGAGUAUGAGUGAGACGUGGAGGUCGAGUUUUGGUGUGUGAUUCUUCACCUUGUCCAAGUGAUCAGAUGUCUGCUAGCUAUUCUACAAACAAGUGCAAUACUUGAAAUGUCUGGAUUCGAGUUUUCUUAAGCAAGUGUCGUUCGUCAAUUAAUUUUGAACCUUUUUUCAUGUUAGCUAGGAGUUUCAUGCAUUAUUUAUAUGCUAACUUAGUGUUAUAGAAUAGUUGGACGAACGUGUUUAUGAAAGUUCUUGGCUGCGGGUCCAUUUUGAAUAACUUAUAUUAUGAAGAAAAAAUUAGGGAGCGUCAAUUGUGAAUUGUCAUUAGUUAUUCAUGAUUAGUAUUCAUCCGAAACCACUGCUGCAAACUCGGCUUUUAACAAUGAUUCAGCUUCAGCUUGUCUGAUCCAGGCCCAAGUAAAGAAUGCCUAACCGUUAGAUAUUUUUGUGUUUCGUCCUUC